UCCUCCUCCUCCUCCUCCUCCUCCUCCUCCUCCUCCUCCUCCUCCUCCUCCUCCUCCCCAGGGUGGUUGGCUGGAGGGGCGCCCGCCCCGUCUCCCUGCAUUUUUGCGCUGCUCGCGCCCGAGCGGGCGGCCGCGCGCGCCGGGGCCCCCGCGAUCGCCGCGGCGCGGCGGGAGCGCCCCAGUCGACUACACGUAAGAGUACGCCCGACGUCUGGGUCUGGCGUGCAGGCGACCCCGGGCGGGCGCCGAGGGGGCCUCGUCUGGCUGCCACUCUGCCCGCCGAGCGGGGGGCGGCGCGGGGCCGCCGCGCGCCAGGGCGGACGGCAGACGAGAGGAGGCGGGGGCGCCGGAGAGCGCAGCCGGCACGCCGCGCGCGCGGCCCGAGGACCGCCCCACUGCGGGGCAGUGCCUGCGGCACCCGUGGCUGCAGCGGUCCAGGGACGCCAACUCCUUGAAGGUCUGGCCGAGGACCCCCUUCAGCUCCUGCACGCUGGAGAGCCUCGGAAAAAACCACGAGCAGGGUCGAGAGCGUCGGCUACAUCGCGCCCGAGGUGCUCACCCUGCCCUGCCCGCCGCAGACGACCCAGGCCCCCCCCCUGCGCGGCGCGCAGCUGCCUGCUGUCCGCUGCCCACCCCCGCCGCUGCCCUCGGGCCGGGGGCGGCCCUCGCUGCGCGCGGCAGCGUCGUCGUCGUCGCUCGUCGUC